AUGGCCAAAUAUGGUUCCAUUGACUUCUCCCCUGAUGAGACUCGCCUUGCUCGCGCCCUCCGUCUCCAGGCCAAGCCCUUCUCUAACCUUGGGCUGGGCGAGAAGCAAUGGCUGCUCCCUCUGUUGGAGUCUCCUUUUGCUCCUCCUUCCAUUUCUGAGGAGCAGGAGGAGCUCUGCGAGAAGAUCAGAGACCCCAUCGUCGCCGACAAGGCUGAGCUGGAAUGGCUCUCUUGCUCGCAGGAGCUCCCCGCUCAGCUGGGCACCAAGACCACCAGACGUUUCUGGAACUUCUUCUCCCUCUACAGACUAAUCUUCGCCUUCACCAUUCUUGCCAACCUCUUUACCACAGUCCUUAUCGCUCCGAUUACCAGCAUUACCAGCUCAGAUGCAGCCACCGCAGCUGCCAUCAACCUCUGCGUCGCCAUUCUCGUCCGCAACGAGCACGUUGUCAACGCUCUGUUCCGCCUUGCAUGUACCCUCAAGCCAUCAGCACCCCUCUCCGUUCGUAAAGUCGGAGGCAAAGUCUACUCGUACGGCGGCUUUCAUUCUGGUUGCGCUACCUCUGGAUCGCUCUGGUAUUUGCUCUUCACCAUUCUUCUCGGCGUCGACCUUCGUGACCCUUACAAGCGCUCUGCAUUCGGCUUUGCUGUCGUCACCAGCGUCCUACUCUUGAUCAUUAGCUUGGCUGCAAUUCCUGCCUUCAGAGUUUCUCACCACAAUGCUUUCGAGGCCAUUCAUCGCUAUGUCGGCUGGUUCUCCGUCACUCUCCUAUGGACACAGCUCAGUGUCUCCAUUGCUACCACAAACUAUCUGACUGGUGAGCCUGUGGGCCUAUUGAUGGUCAAGAGUGUGCUCUUCUGGUGUCUAAUCAUCAUCACCCUGGCCAUUAUAUACCCCUGGAGUCGCCUCAGAAUGCGCAAUGUCCAUGUCCAAGUCCUCUCACCCCGAGCUGCGCUCCUCCACUUCGACUACAAGCGCAUGGAUGUUUGUCAAGGCAUUCGCAUCACCGACUCUCCUCUCAAGGAGACCCAUUCUUUCGCCACCAUCUCCAAAGUCGGUGAUGAACAGGGAUUUAGGGUGCUCAUGUCAAGAGCUGGUGACUGGACCUCUGACUUCAUCGACAACCCUCCCACACGCAUUUGGGUCAAAGGAGCUCCUAUCUACGGUGUCAUGCGUGUCGCUCUGAUGUUCAAGAAAGUUCUCGUCGUCGCAACCGGCUCUGGCAUCGGUCCAUGCCUGUCAUUCCUCGAGAGUUGCCCCGACCAUCCCAUGCAUGUAGUCUGGAUGGGCUCUGAUCCUAGAGAAUCCUACGGCGACGCUAUCGUCAACUCGGUCUUUGAAGCAGACUCUGGCGCAUGCAUCGUCGAUACUUCCAAGGCAGGCAGAGGCGACAUCACCAGACUGGUCCACGCCAGAUACGUUGAGUCUCAAUCCGAGGCAAUUGUCAUCAUCUCCAACGCCAUCGUCACCAGACAAGUUGUCAGCGGUCUUGAGUCCCGUGGCAUCCCGGUCUUUGGCGCCAUCUUCGACUCCUGA